CUUUAUUGGAAACUGGCAGCACGCGGACCCAGUAGCAGACCCCGCCUCUCGUCUCUAUUCUAUUCCCACCGGGGUCGCUCUGCGCUGCGCGUUCUCUCCCCCGUACCUCAGCUGCCGCUGCUCCCCUCGCGCUGCGGUCCGCUCGCUGAACAAUGUAACCUCAUCAACAUAAAGGGGUUUGGAAAUGUGUUGAACGGAAAAGGAUCGCUGUUUCUCUUUUAUUUAUUUCACACCCACUUAUACGUGUGUUAUAAUUUUUUGUUGUUGUUGGAAUAAACUGUGGAUUUGUGCUUGGAAUGAAUCGGUCGGAUACUGAAUAAACAGGUAAGGGGGUGCCAUGCCAGCUGUUUCUCCCCCUUUGCUCCCCAUCGCCACCUGCUGGUGGUGUUUGGUGAUAUUGCUGCUGCCCGCCCAGGCCCUGACUCAGCUGGACGCUAACACUGAAAAGGCCUCUCUCGCUGGGCAGGCCUUCCCUCAGCUCUCCCUGGAUGGUUCCCCCCUAAACCACCUUCUCCUGGAUCCCAGGUCUGGCCAGCUGUACGUCGGGGCGGUCAACCAUCUGCACCACCUGUCUUCAGAUCUACAGGUGCUGUCCUCCAGUCAGACUGGCCCCAAGCUGGACAGUCCCGAGUGUUUACCCCCCAUCGUAUCUAAAGACUGCCCCAGCGCCCGCUUGACCCCCAACACCAAUAAGAUCCUGCUCCUGGAAGAGGGCGUGGCCGGGGGUAGGCGCCUGAUCGUGUGUGGGACAUUGUUCCAGGGCAUCUGCGACAAGAGGAGUCUGGGUAAUGUGUCUGAGAUACUUUACCAGACGUCCAACCCGGUGGACACCCAGUACGUGGCGGCCAACGAUCCCCGUGUCUCCACAGUGGGCGUGGUCUUGAACCAGAACGGGGUGGGGCUGAUGUUAGUGGGGCGCGGCUACACCAGUAAAGGCCCCAGCGACAUCCCGCCAAUCACAACGCGGCGUCUGGCUUCCAGCUCCUCCCCCGCCCGCCAGGCCUUCUCUCAAGACGAGGAACUGGGAAAGCUUGUUGUGGGGAGCUACUCUGAGUACAAUAACUACUUCAUUUCCGCGUUUAGCCACAGCGACCAUGUCUAUUUCCUGUUCUCGCGGCGGGAUGUGUGGCACAGGAAGGAGUACCGGACCUACGUUUCUCGCCUCUGCGCCGGUGACCGCAGCUUCUACUCCUACGUGGAAGUUCCACUGGAGUGUUCCGGCGGUUACAACCUUGCCCAGGGGGCUACCCUGGCAGAACACCAGGGGCAGCCGGCCCUGUUCGUUGCCAUGGCGGCUGGGCAGGCGUCGACGCCCUCGGCGACGGACCGCUCAGCUCUGUGUGUCUAUGGGAUUUCGGAGCUGGACGAGGCUCUGCAGAGGGCCCAGGAGCUGUGUUACACCGAAGGGGGAAGAGGCGGUGAUGGGAAGGAGGAGGCCUAUAUCGAAUACGAGGUGUCAUCAAAGUGUCUUCGGCUGCCUAAGGAUUCGCUGAAGGAGUACCCCUGUGGAGGGGAACAUACCCCGAGCCCCAUCGCUUCGGCCGUGGCCCUGUCGGCCAACCCCUCCCUGACCAGGGACGUCCAGCUUACCGCUGUCACCACCGUCACAGAGGCCGGACACACCAUCGCUCUGCUGGGGGACAAGAAGGGCUGGCUGCACAAGGUUUUUCUCCAGCCCAACAGAACAGGGAUGUUAUAUCAGAGUGUCCUGGUGGACCAGAACAGUCCAGUCAACGCCGACCUACUCCUGGACCAGUCCAAACAGAAUGUCUACGUCCUCACUUACAGCAAGGUAUCCAUGGUACCUGUCUCUGAGUGUGAGCUGCAGACAGACUGCCAGUCCUGUCUGUCUGUUCGAGAUCCCUACUGUGGCUGGUGUGUCCUGGAGGGAAGAUGUUUGCGCAGGCAGGACUGUCACCUUGAGAGCCAGGCUAACCACUGGCUAUGGAGCUACCAGCCAGCCAGCCAAUGUGUGACGGUCCAGAGCUUGAAGCCGGCCAACCAGAGCCGAGAGGAGCAGACUCCGGUGUCUCUGACAGUGGCUCAGCUUCCCACCCUGUCAGAAGACGAGUCUCUGUCCUGCUCCUUCGGAACCUUGCCCCCUCAGCCAGCUGUCGUCGCGGGAACCACCAUCACCUGUCAAUCUCCCCUGCCCGAGCUCCUCCCACCCAACCCACCUGGUAGUGAUCACAUGUCUCUCCGUGUGUCGGUCAUGUUCAGAGACGUGACCAUCUCUACCAGUAACAUCACCUUCUAUGACUGUAAAGCUGUGGGCCGACUCAACUCCACCUCUCCGUGUAUGGCCUGUGUGGGCAGUGUUUGGCCAUGUAACUGGUGUGCUCUAGAUGAGCUUUGUACCCACAACAGCAACUGUCCCAAGGAGCACAUCAUCUCCAACUCUCUGGUGCAGCUACAGGCGCCUCAAGGUCCGGACUCGUGUCCCUCUGUUUGGGCUUUGCAGAGCUCUCCUCUGGUCCCUGUGGGUUUCCUGUCACCUCUGGCUCUAAUGGGGAGGAACCUUGACAUGUUUCAGGGGGAGGAGCCAUAUGCUUGUGUGGUUGUUGUGGAGGGGGAGGAGCUUAAACUCAACGCCACUCUGAAGAAGGACCCAGAAACCCAGGCGUACACCUUUACCUGCUCUCCUCACAAGUUCCAAUACCGAUUGAAACAGUUGGAGUACUCUGCUCCCAUCUUCCUACAGAGGGGUUCUCAUCGCAUCGACUCUGCUCCCAGUCUCAGAUUGCAGCUGUAUGACUGUGCAGUGGGUCAGUCUGACUGUAGCCAGUGCCGUGCCGUGUCCUCGGAGUACGGCUGUGUCUGGUGUGGUGGAGAGUCACCUGGCUGCGUGUACAACCUCUCCUGUACCAGCCCACCUGGACCCGUCCAGACCUGCCCCGCCCCACAGAUCACCCAGAUCCAGCCAGUCAGUGGUCCAGUAGAGGGUGGUGUGUUGGUGACCAUCCAUGGGUCCAACCUGGGCAUGCACUACCAAGACAUCCAGGGAGGAGUGACCGUAGCUGGGGUCAGCUGCCAGCCUCAGCCCCAGGGAUACAUCAUCUCCACCAGGAUAGUGUGUGAGCUCAAACCCAGUAGACAAGAGACUGAGGGACCAGUUAUUGUUACCGUGGGAGACUCAGAGCCAGGACAGUCACUACAGACAUUCACCUACCAGGACCCCCAGCUGAGCAGCAUAAUACCUGACAAGGGUCCAGUGUCUGGAGGCACCACCCUAACCAUCCACGGGACCCAGCUUCUAACAGGUCAGAGGAAGGACCUCACUGCCUACGUGGGACAACAGCCCUGUCACAUUGUUGACGAGGUCAGUGGGACUCACCUCUUGUGCCGAACCAGUCCCAGUAACCAGACCGGAGAAGUCUCUGUGAGUGUUCUGUUUGGGAAGGCAGAGAGGAUUGUUCCUGGGAAGAGGUUCUGCUACAUGGAAGACCCAGUCAUCACUGAUGCCUUUCCUGCUGAGAGCUUCUAUGAGGGUGGGCGUGGCAUAAAGGUUACUGGGCGUAACCUGGAUGUGGUGCAACAGCCAAUGAUUUCAGUGUGGGUGGAGCCUAUGGAGAACACGCUCGUCAGAAGGAGGAGAUAUGCCCGCCUCUCAGCCAGAAACAACCAGGUCUUCAACUCCACCACACCAAAGAAACAGGAGCGCUGCAGUGUGGUCUCCCCGACUGAGAUGACCUGUGUGACCCCUGGUGUGACCUCUCACUCUAAGGUCAUGGGGGUGGGGUUUGAGCUGGAUAACGUUAAGGUUGCGUUUAAGAGCGUCACUGGGAAGCCGUUCUCUUACUUCCCCAACCCAGUGCUCUACGCUCUGAACCGGGACGCCCCGGAAACGCCCUACCGCUUCAAACCUGGAGGGGUCAUCGCCGUGGAGGGUAAGGACCUGACUCGUGCCAUGACUCGAGGGGAGGUGGUGGCCAGGCUGGGGGACCAGAGGUGUGAGGUGAAGACUCUGGACAGCACCCACCUGUACUGUGAACCCCCAGAGACCCAGCCAGAGAGCCUGGGAGACAACCAGCUGCCCAGCCUGAGGGUGAUUAUGGGGAAGUUGGAUGUAGAUCUGGGUCUGGUCCAGUAUGAUGCUGACGGCCUGCCCCCCGUCCCCCUGGCUGCCCAGGUGGGUCUGGCUGUCGGGGCGGCUGUGGUGGUUCUGGUGGUCCUGGUCAUCAUUCUCAUGUACAGGAGGAAGAGCAAGCAGGCCCUGAGGGACUAUAAGAAGGUGCUGGUUCAGCUGGAGACGUUGGAGAUCAAUGUGGGGGACCAGUGUAGGAAGGAGUUCACAGAUCUGAUGACAGAGAUGAUGGAUCUGAGCAGUGAUGUGGGAGGACCAGGCAUUCCUCUGCUGGAUUACAAGACAUAUGCGGAGCGUGUGUUCUUCCCUGGCCAGAGGGGGGCGCCGUUGAGUCAGAACCUGGACCUGCCUGAGUCACGCAGGCAGACAGUUGAACAGGGCUUGGGACAACUGAACAACCUUUUAAACAACAGACUGUUUCUAAUCAGGUUCAUCCACACUCUGGAGGCCCAGCAGAACUUCUCCCAGAGGGACCGGGGCCACGUGGCCUCUCUCCUGACCAUGGCGCUGCACGACAAGCUGGAGUACUUCACUGAUGUCAUGAAGACCCUGCUGGGAGACCUGACACAGCAAUACGUCGCCAAGAACCCCAAACUCAUGCUGCGCAGGACGGAGACGGUGGUGGAGAAGAUGCUGACCAACUGGAUGUCCAUUUGUCUCUACUCCUUCCUCAAGGAGGUGGCUGGAGAGCCUCUUUAUAUGUUGUACCGGGCCAUCAAGUACCAGGUGGAUAAAGGUCCAGUUGAUGCUGUGACGGGGAAAGCCAAGCGCACACUAAACGACAGCCACCUGCUGAGGGAAGACAUCGACUACUGCUCCAUCACCCUGACAGUGCUGGUGAAGAACGGCGUGGAGGUCCAGCCGUGUCCGGUCAAGGUGCUGGACACAGACACCAUCACCCAGGUUAAAGACAAGAUCCUGGACCAGAUCUAUAAAGGAGCUCCCUUCUCUCAGAGACCUGCUGCAGACUCAUUAGAUCUAGAGUGGAGGUCAGGGCAGGCCGGUCACCUGACCCUGUCAGACGAUGAUGUCACAGCAAUCGUCCAGGGCCGCUGGAAGAAACUCAACACACUGCAGCAUUACAAGGUCCCAGAUGAAGCUACGGUGGCCCUGAUCCCCAGGUCAGCCGUUGUCACGGGGAUACAUCAGGUCUACCAGACCGGAGAGAAGACACCCAUGUUGGAAGGGGAGGAGGAGGAGGGCCUGAGACUGUGGCACCUGGUGAAGUCCAGUGAAGACCCAGAGAUUCCCAAACACCGGAAGAGCAGCAUGAGAGAAAGGGAACGGGCCAAGGCUAUACCAGAGAUAUACCUGACACGACUGCUGUCUAUGAAGGGAACGCUGCAGAAGUUUGUUGAUGAUGUGUUCGUAGCGAUCCUCAGCACUAAGCGCCCUCCUCCUAUCGCUGUACGCUUCUUCUUUGACUUCCUGGAUGACAUGGCGGAGAAACACGGCAUCGACGACCCUGAGACCGUACACAUCUGGAAGACCAACAGUCUUCCUCUGAGGUUCUGGGUGAACAUCUUGAAGAACCCUCAGUUUGUGUUUGAUGUCCAGGUGACAGACAGUGUUGACGCUGUGCUCUCCGUCAUCGCCCAGACGUUUAUCGACUCCUGCACCACCUCAGAGCACAAAGUCGGACGGGACUCACCAGUAAAUAAACUGCUGUACGCCAGAGAGAUCCCCCGAUACAAACAGCUGGUGGAGAGGUAUUACAGCGACAUCCACAGUGCAGCGUCUGGCUGUUACCAGGAGAUGAACUCUACUUUAACAGAGCUGUCUGGGAGUUUUGCAUCAGAGAUGAACAGUCUUGUGGCUCUGCAUGAGCUAUACAAGUACAUCAACAAGUACUACGACCAGAUCAUCAUGUCUCUAGAGGAGGAUGCAGCUGGUCAGAAGAUGCAGUUGGCCUACCGUCUACAGCAGGUCGCUGCCCUAGUGGAGAACAAGGUCACUGACCUCUAACCACUGAACAUUGGCCUGCAGUCUACAGCAGGUCUCCGCCCAUGUGGAGAAAAGGUCACUGACCUUUAACCCCUGAACUUUGGCCUGGCGUCUAUAGCAGGUCGCCGCCCUAGUGGAGAACAAGGUCACUGACCUUUAACCCCUGAACUCUGGCCUAUCAUCUACAGCUGGUCGCCGCCCUAGUUGGAGAACAAGUUCGCUGACCUCUAACCCAUGAACUUUGGCCUACCAUCUACAGCAGAUCACCACUGUAGGGGAGGACAAGGUCACUGGCUUUAACCAUGGACCUUUGGCGUACCAGUUCAGCAGGUUGCUAUACAGGAAAAUAUGGUUACUUGACCCCUGACACCUCACCCUUGAACUUGGGGGCAUAUCGUCUACAGCAAUUUGCCGGCCCUGGCCACUCUCUUAUGACCCCUGUGGUCUAAGACCUGGCUUGAACUGACAGGGCAGAAUUACAUAACAUUCAGAUGUAAAAAAAUAAUAAUAAUAGAACGGACAUGCCUCCCUGACCUGUAGAGUAAGGAGGAAUCAUGCUCUAUAUCUGAUAUUUCUUUCUGCAUUGCUUCAGUACCUUAGAGAGAGGUGGUUCCCUACUCUGAGUUCCUAUAGUGACACUAAACCAAUCACUGAAUGACCAGUAACAGACCCACUGGAGACGGUAUCUAUGUAUGGAGGGUCUCUAUGGAUGUUUCUCUGGUUCUGUAUGUCCCAGUUGAAUGGUGUGGAUCCAUGUAUCUUCAUUUAGGUCAGACUCUGCAGUCUAACUAACACAUAAGAAAUGAAGCUAUGAAAGUAGGAUGAUCACAACUGUUAGAAACAGAUAUGAUAUGUUACCUACUACGGCUCCAGAGACAUGAUGUGUUCCAGACUGUCCAUUCUGCAGUCAUGCUGCACAGUUAUUCACCUCUGACAGCAUCUGUAUCCUCCCUCUGAGCUGUGCAGGGUGACUGCAGUAAAAGUGUUCUGGAACGUGGCCACAGUCUGGUCUUGUAUUGGUCAGUUUGACCAGCAUCACUGGUCUGUAGAUAUAGACUUCCCUAGCUCUCUUCACUACAGCCUGCUGGACCUCUGGGAACAUCUGCUGGAACGUUGGGAACAUCUGCAGGACCUCUGGGGAACAUCUGCAGGACCUCUGGGAACAUCUGCAGAACUUCUAGGAACAUCUGCAGGACCUCUGGGAACAUCUGCUGGACCUCUGGGGAACAUCUGAUGUGGUGGUUCCCUUCCUUUCAGUUACAUUACCACCAAGUGAAUUUAGCUCUUUCUGGAGUACUCCCGAAGUACCCCCUCAUAUGCAUUUUACCAGCAACCCUAUGGUCUCUUGAGUCUUCCCAAGGAACGCUUGUGGUUAGACCAGGUACCCCCAGGGGUCCUGGUACCGCUGGUUCGAAACCACUGAUCUGCUGUAUGUCGUCCAAUACCAGGUUGACAAGCUGAACUACCCAUGACAUUUUAAAAAACAUCAUUUGGAAAAAAAUA